GUUACUUUCCUUGAACACAAUGUUUAGGACAACUGUGACAGUUUUCAUGUUAGGAAUGCUGGUGGGUAAAGUGAAGUCUGUCUGUGAUUCUGAACUUCAGAAUGGCCUUUUUCAAGAUCUCCUUAAUAUGAUGAUGAAGAUAAAAGGUUUUAGUCCUGAACUUUCCACAUGUAAAUGCCAGAAGAUUGUACCUGCAAUUGCUUUCACAGCUUCUUUAUCAGCUACUAAAUCCAUUGGUCCUCUAGAAACAAUUAAGUUCAACAAAGUUUGGACCAAUGCUGGCAAAGGAUAUGACCCAAAUUCUGGAAUUUUUACAGCACCAAAGAAAGGUUACUAUCAAAUAAUUGCAAGAGCAACAUCUUAUCAAGGAAACAAAUUUUUUGCAAAUCUAUGGAAAAAUGAUGAAAAGACUGUAGGGUUGUAUGCUGGACCAGGCCAGAUUACACAUUCUGCUAGCAUAGUUCUCGAAUUAAAGAAAGGAGAUCAUGUGUUCCUUAAACAUCAUAACAGCAGUGAGAAAAUCUACAGUGAUGCCCACCUUUGGAGCAUGUUUUCUGGCUUCCUCAUAUCUGAAUAAAAUAUAA